UUUGCGAUAAUUCUUAGGUUUCAUCAUCGAGGGACUUUCUUAUCCGCCGAUCUGUCAAAAAAUGUAAAUGUAAGACUGUGAUUGAAGUUUAAGGUUUCUAACAUACGGUAAUGCAAUCAAAGCGAAUUAUCCGAUUAAGUCGGACCUUCGGACGGAUGUAGAAAAAUUCAUUAAAGCGAUAUUGAAAAUAUACCAUUUAUUUUUUAAAUGCCAUUAUGGCUCUCCGUAAAGUAAAAGGAAAUUUUGAACGUAUGUUCGACAAAAACUUGACGGAUUUAGUCCGCGGAAUUAGGAACAACAAGGAAAACGAGGCAAAAUAUAUUGCACAAUGCAUAGAAGAAAUUAAACAAGAAUUACGACAAGAUAAUGUUGCAGUCAAGGCAAAUGCUGUAGCAAAGCUGACAUAUCUUCAAAUGUUGGGGUAUGAUAUUAGCUGGGCUGGUUUCAACAUAAUCGAAGUGAUGUCAUCUGCAAAAUUUACGUAUAAGCGAAUUGGCUACUUAGCAGGAAGUCAAAGUUUUCAUGCAGAUACAGAACUUUUGAUGUUAACUACUAAUAUGAUUCGUAAAGACUUAAAUAGCCAAAACCAGUAUGAUGCUGGACUGGCUCUAAGCGGCUUGUCUUGCUUUAUAAGCUCAGAUCUUGCACGCGAUUUAGUUAACGACAUUAUGACAUUAUUAACAUCUACAAAGCCAUACCUACGCAAGAAAGCUGUAUUAAUGAUGUACAAAGUUUUCUUGCGAUUUCCAGAGGCCUUACGGCCUGCUUUUCCGAGAUUGAAAGAAAAAUUAGAAGAUCCAGAUAGUGGUGUGCAAAGUGCUGCAGUUAAUGUAGUUUGCGAAUUAGCAAGAAAGAAUCCGAAAAACUAUUUAAGUCUAGCACCUGUAUUUUUCAAGCUUAUGACAACAUCUACCAAUAAUUGGAUGCUAAUAAAAAUUAUUAAAUUGUUCUCCACUAUAACACUGAUUGAGCCGAAAAUGGGUCGGCGACUCACUCAACCACUAAUUGACCUGAUUUCAAGUACAUCUGCAAUGUCUCUGCUAUAUGAAUGUAUAAAUACAGUAAUAGCUGUAUUAAUUUCAAUUUCAUCUGGCAUGCCAAAUCACUCCGAUUCAAUACAGUUGUGUGUUCAAAAGUUGAGGAUACUGAUAGAAGAUUCUGAUCAAAAUUUGAAAUACUUGGGAUUACUAGCAAUGUCGAAAAUUUUAAAGACUCAUCCUAAGAGCGUACAAGCUCACAAAGAUCUUAUAAUGCAAUGCUUGGACGAUAAAGAUGAAAGUAUAAGAUUGCGUGCCUUGGAUUUACUGUAUGGAAUGGUUUCAAAGAAAAAUUUGAUGGAGAUAGUUAAGAAGUUAAUGGUGCAUAUGGAUAAAGCAGAGGGCACUGCUUAUCGAGAUGAAUUACUCUCAAAAAUUAUUCAAAUCUGUUCACAAAAUAACUAUCAAUUUGUUACAUACUUUGAAUGGUACAUAUCUGUAUUGGUUGAACUUACACGAAUGGAAGGUACUAAACAUGGACCAUUAGUAGCAACUCAAUUACUUGAUGUAGCGAUUCGUGUACAAGCUAUACGAAAAUAUGCAGUUCAACAAUGUGCCUUAUUGCUGGAGAACUCGUACCUUUUAACAGGUCAGCCAAGAGCAACAAUGUCUGAAGUUUUAUAUGCUGCUGCAUGGAUUUGUGGAGAGUUCUCCAGUGAAUUAGACGACCCUCUAGCAACAUUACAGUCGAUGUUACGAUCACAAGCUUCUAGUUUACCGGGACAUAUUCAAGCUGUUUAUGUUCAUAAUAUUCUGAAACUUGCUACAGCAACAUUAUGUACUGCUGAAAAAAAUGGGGAUUCUGAAGUAAUAAACCAGAUUUAUGAACUGAAAGAUAAAAUAGCAGCUUUUGUGUGCAGUGGGGACUUAGAAGUUCAAGAAAGAUCUAGUUCUGCAUUAGUUUUACUUGAAUGUUUGAAAGAAAAUCCUGGUUUGGCACAGGAGCUGAUGGAAGCAUUCGAAGGUGAACUUAAUCCUGUUGCACCUAAAGCACAAAGAAAGGUGCCAAUUCCUGAAGAUCUCGAUUUAGAUUCAUGGAUUAAUGAUCCGCCAUCGGAAAGUUCGGAUUCAGAAGAUUUAGAUAUGAAUGAUAUUUUCAUUAAAACAGAUAAAACAAAUGAUUCCUAUUCUAAACGAGAAUUUAAUGAACCAUCGCCAGAAGAACUUGAAAAACGCCGUGAAGCAAGAAAAAUGGAACAACAAAACAAUCCUCAUUACUUAAAAGGCACGUUCAAGAAUUCUACAUCAUAUCAUAACUCAUCGAAUAUUUAUGAAGAGUUUGAAAACAUUCCUGUUGUGGAGUUGGAUAUCCCAGUGUCUUUAAAAGUUAUAAACAAUCAUAAGAGGUAUAAAAUACACGGUAAAAAGAAGAAGAAAUCCAAAAAAAACAAAAAAUCAGCUUCCGAAGACGAGCAGGACGAUGAUUAUCCAAUUCAAGUAGUCAAUACAGGUAUAGGUGAACUUCCACCAGGUGCAGAACUAAGUGACAGCGAUGACUAUGAUAAAGUAGAUGCAAAUGAUCCACAUAGAGCUUUAAAUAUUGACCUAGAUAUGCCUUUGAGAGAAGACGAAAGAUUACCUGUUUUAGAGCACAGAGUUAUUGAAAAUAAUUUGAUUCAAGAAAAUGUUGAAGUUAAAGGAAAUAAGAAGGAAAAAGGACAUAAAAAAUCUAAAAAGAAAGUUAAAGAAAUGAAAGAGAAACGAUAUGACAAUCAGUUGGAACUAACUGAUAUGUGGUUGGAAAAUAAUAUUUCUUCGGAAAAAAGUCAGACUACUGAUAUUAAUGAGUAUACAGAGGUAUUCGGUGAAAAAGAUUCGGAACAGAGAGAUGUCAAGCGUAAAAAAUCAAAACACCAGGAGAAGCAUAAGAAAGCUCACGAUGACGAUUCAAAACAUCGAAAAUCAAAGAAGUCUAAAAGUAAAAGGGAUAAAAAAUCUUCAGAUUACGAAGAAACAGCUGGAAUCUCAACGCCGUCGAAAGAAAUAUUACCAGAUCUAAGAUAUAAUUUUUCAAAUUCCGAAGAAAAUACAACCUUACUCCAACAAUUUACUUCAUACGAAGAGUUAGUUAAAAAUAAAAUACUUUUUAUAAUGUAUGAAUUAAAACAUAUUCCUCACGAGUCAAAUAAAUUACUUGCAUCAAUACUCAUUAAAAAUAAUUGUCAACAACUUGUGAAAGAAUUAGUUUUUGACGUUCUAGAUACAUCCUCACUGAAAUUAAUGAGAAAUCUAGGAGAUGAAUUUGGUAUAAAACUGCCAUUUCAACUGCCUCCAGAUACUAGUAAAGAAACACAAUUUACUAUUUUAAUUUCGGAGGUAACUUUUGCUCAGAAAUUAAGGGGCACAUUUACGUACAUGUUAGAACACAAAGAAAGUACAUUGCAGGAAAAACUUGAUUUUACUAUACCUUUGCCGUGCAGUAAGUUUAUGUUUGGACAUCUCUCACACAAAGAUAUACUAACAGAAUUACUUAAGAGUGGCCAACUUAUACACAAAAUCAGAAAAGAUAUAGCUCUUUCUCAAGACUUUGAUGUUACAUUAAAUUUAAUCUGCUCUAAGUGUAAUCUCACACUUGUGGAAAAAAUUAAAGACACUGCAUCUGUAUAUGGACAAUCUCUAAAAGGACAUCAUGUGUGCCUUUUAUUAAAAUAUGAUAAAUCAUUGGGCAAUUUGUUAAUUGAAGGCAAAGGUGACAAUAAUACAUUAAUGUCAGGAAUUGUGGAAGAAAUUUUAAGGAUCCUGACAUAAUGUUGAUGUGAAGUGAAGUGUCUGUAUUUUACGAUUCCUAUCAUUCAUUGAAAUUAUGUUAAUUGCAUUACUCAACAGUAAGACAAACGUUUAACAGCAUUCAUUACAUAUAAAAUAAUGGCUAUAGAAAAUUUAUCUACAAACUUAUUAAAUAUUUUCAGAACAAAAUCUUAUCUAAACUCUACGUCUAAUUUAGGUAAUAUAUAAUUUGUUACAUAUACAUACAAACAUAUACGUGUAUAUGUAUAAAUACACACAUAUAUGGAUACAUAUACGUGUGCGUAAGAUAAUGUUUUAACGGAAGAAAAGAGAUUUAUUGGAAAUAAAUUGAAGACAUCAGAAUGAAAGUAGUUCAUUUUAAUUAUACAUUAUUUCAGAUAAAAAAUUAAUAUACCAUAUACCAAUAUACCGAGUUAUUAUUUGUAAAUAUUAUUUCACAAUUUGGUGACUAUUUUGCUAGAACAUUUUUCUUAAAAAUUUGUUGAAUCAUGUUUCAUAUAAAUGUAAGCAAAAAAUGUAUAGUUUAUAAUGUUGAAAUAUCAAACUAUUUUCCCAAAGUAGGAAAAAGAAUAUAAGUAUGGAUUACUAUUUCGCAGAUGAUCCAAUUGUAAAAUAUCUACGACGUAAUAAAAAAAAUGCUAAAAAUCGUAUAUUAAUAAUUGACUACUUUAUAGGCUGAUAUCUUCAAUUUUGUGUUAUUAAAAAAUUAAUAUCGUAAAUAUGUUGUUGAACUCCUUAUUAAAUUGUAACAUACACUACGGAUACUCGCGAAUUGUGUGCGAAUGUACAUCGAUGUUUUUCAGCGGAAUGUAUACUUCCCGCAUGUAAUGAAUUUGUAAUAUCAAUAAUUUAUUACAUAUAAGGAAUUUAUAAUAAGCAUAUAAAUACUAAAACAGUAACACAUGGAACACCAAAUGUAAAUAGCUAUACUUGUAUCCUAUACUGAUAAACAAUAUUUUCAUUUUAAA